AUGCCGUUAUUCCGCGUACUCUCGCUGCCACGCGGGCUGAUCUGCGAUGGUGCGCCGCCACGCACCAGACGUGCCGAAGUGUGGCAGCCGGCUGUGGUGGCUAGGGAGAGCAAGGCCAGCAUCGCGAUGGCGCCGGCGUCGUCGGGAAGGGCGCUGCAGGAGACAGACGCCGACGACAAGGACGCGUCACCUCUGAUGCUCCACGGCCUCGUCGCACCGCGACUGUGGCCAGGGGGCACGCGAAUUGGAGGCCGCGGCGUCGAGGACAGCGGCACCUCCGCUGUGUCGGGGGAGUCUACACCGUUGCUUCCCCUGUUUGGGUCUGUCAGUAGCGGCAGCAGCGUGCUCGUCAGCAGGCGGCCACGCACUGAGCCGCCUGGCACGGCGCCAAUCACGCCCACCGACGUAGCGGUGGCAGCCUCCGCAGCGGCGCCCAGUCGGUCUGCGACCAGUGGCACACCGCUGCUUGACUCGUUCCGCAUCGUCCUCUCCCCAUGCCCCAGCAGCAUCGCGCCGUCCUUCUCCCUCGUGCCAUGUCCCACAACGUCGCGGGUGUUGUCGCCGGUGUCGGUCUCAGUGCAAAUUGUGCAGCAGCGAUGGCGUGAUCAGGUCCUGGCUCGCACGAGGGUCGGCGUUGGGAGUGGGAGCGGCACCUCUCCCCUAACAUCCGCCACAGUUGCGCUGGACCCCGUUGGCGGGCGUGCUUCGUGCACUCAGCCCUCGCCGCACCCAGCCCAUGCGGUGGGAUGCUCGCGUUGCGGCAGCGCGGUCGGCGGCGGUGACUGGGGCGCGGCGUCUGUGACACUACCGCACAGCGGGGCACCGUCACCAUCGCGGCGGUUCGGUAGCAGGGGUGGCACAAGCGAGGUUGCCGCGCCGAUGCCCCUCAGCUUCUCCUGCUUGGGUGCCGCGGCGAGCUUGUCGAAGGACGUGUCCGGAGUGAGGCGAGGGCACGUAAGCCCACUACUGUACGAUGCACCAGCGCGCAGCGGCCCCGGCAGUGCCCGCAACUCGCCUGCCUCGGGAAACGCCACCACGCAGAGCCUGUCACGGGGUUCGCCUGCGGCACACGCGUCGUCGCCUCCAUCGCUGCCGCGGCAGGCCGAGUCGCCUCGUUUGCUCCAUCCGGACCACGGUCAGCGUGGCAGCGCCGGCAGCAGCGGCGUGCCACCGUGGCCUCCCACACCCGUGAAGACGGCGCACCACCACGACAGCGGCCUCCACACGUCUCCCACGGAUGCAGCAUCGUACUCCGGUAACGCCCGCCGGCUGCCCGCGCAAUCCUUUGUUUUCUCGGCGUCGACAUCGCAGCGCUGCCUCCAGCCCUCAGCGGUAGCAGACUCGGUCACAUCACCGUCUGCAUGCGCCGAAUGGCAGCCGCGCGCUCGGCUGCACUGCCAAUCAGCACGCUUCGAGCACCUCUGCAUACCGGUCGACGCCGCGCCGAUGAAACGGUCGUCGCCGCUGCAGGUCGACUCUUUCGCAGACUCCGCCGGCCGGCGCGUUGUGGACGAGUCGACCGUGCUAGCGGCCACGUUGCUCGCAAGAACCGAUGGGGAGGGCGUGGUGUCAACGUGCUCGACGCCACCACCAUCUCCGACGGUGGCGCCGCCGCGGCCCUCGCUGUCGCUCAUCUCACAGCGCGUGUCACGGCGCACUUCGUCAGUCAAAGGAGAGGAUGUGUGCCUAUGGAACGCGAUGCCGGCCAGUGCGCGAAGGCUGACUUUGGCAUCGACGAGUCAGCCACUUGGCAGCCCGUUGGCCCGAGCAACAAGGGCGUCGGGGGCGUCUUCGUGGGCCCCGUCGCUCUGCACAUCACCGACAGCAGCGGCAGACGUCCGCGACUUGGGCAGCAAAGGCCGGAUGGAGCCUCCGUGGAGCGGAGGCAGGAAACCCCACUGUUCUGCCGCGCCGCACGCGGCUCCUGCAGACGGAGACGGCCUCGUGCACUUUGGGCUGGAGUCGGAGCUCUGUGGGCUGCAGCGCCUUCGAAACGUGCACCCCUUCUCGUCAAUCGGCUUGAGCAGCGCCGUCUCCGCGUCCACCGGGGUGGUUGUCGGAGGAGGCCAGCAAGCCGCUCCAUCCACACUUUGCGUCGACAGCGAGAGUGGCGGAGCGGGUAGCAACAACUUGGGCAGCCUCAGCGUCAACGUGCCAUCGGCACUGCUACUGGUGCCACCUCCGCCGUUGGUAGCGCUGCCUGCGGACCAGUGCCCCCCCUCAAGAGCCUCUCUGCGCAGCGGGGACUCAGCGCCCCAAGCGGCGGUCACCAGCACUGCGGCCAACAGAGCAAAAGCCUCUGCCCCGUAUACCUCGCCGCUGCAGCGGUUCUCGCCGGUGCUGUGCACUCGUGACCAAAAUACCGUUCUGGCAGCUGCCACGGCCACGAGCGAGGCUCUGGUCGAGGGCAAAGACGUGGUGGCGGCGCUGGAGGGGGGCAAUGCUCGAAAGGGCAUCUCGGCAGGACUUGCCGCGCCUCUCGACAUCACUGCCGCCGCUGCCGAAGGCGCGCCGGCACUGUCGCCCGCGUCGGUGCCGUCAGGGUCACCCGCCACGCAGUUUCGGUGCGCGUUUAGCUCGCUGCGCGGCUGCCGAAGUAGGCAAGAGGACAGCGUCAUGAUGGUGGCGGACCUGCCGGUGCGCGUGCGGAGAAGCACCACCGCAGUGCACCAAGGCACGGAGUGGGCGGAUGCGGACUCGAUGCCAGCCCAGGAGGUGACGGCGACGGCGCGCCACGCCACGAACGUGCGAGACGAGGUCGUGUUCGCCUGCUUUGGCGUCUUUGAUGGCCACUGCGGUGACACUGUUGCGUCGUUGGCCUCGCAAUUCUUUCCGGAGCACUUCGAGCACGCCCUGCAGGCUUACCAGAGGCAGCUGGAGCAGGACCCGCCAAAUGGCAGAGGUGCGUCUCGUGGCACGGACAGCGCCGCACAGCCGCGGACGGACGAUCUUGGUAACUUCAACUUGUGCGCUGUAGGCCCACUGGCGGAGCAGCGGCGUGGCCAUCACGGGACAGCGCCAAUGGAGGCGGUCGAGCUUCAGCGGGCUGUGAGCGCUGCCCUUGUGCAAGCACUGCUACACCUUGACUUGACCUUGUACGAUCUCCUGCACCACGCUACACACGGCCCCUCCGCCCCGCGUCGCGACGCGGGGUCGACCGCAAGCGUGGCAACGUUUUUCAAGCUACCAACGGCAUGUGCGCCGUGCUACAGUGGUGCGAGGGCAGUGGUGGGCACCCGCGCACACGGCACCUCACCGUUGGCAACAGGUGCCCGUGACGCGCCGUCCAACAGUGGUGGUUCUGCCGCCACUCGCACACCAGCGCUGGAUGAGCCAGGGAAGCAAGGGGUGCCUGGCGAGGCGGCCACACCACUGAUGCCGGCCGCGUGCACAGAGGACACGUAUCGGCUCUGCAUCGCGAAUCUGGGCGAUAGCCGUGCCAUUAUCGGCAAUCUGCAGACGGGCGAGCUUCUGCUCAGCACCACGGACCACCGUAUUUCUGCCUACCCGUCCGAGGCGGCUCGAAUCCAGGCCGCCGGUGGCGUCGUGGAGUUUGGACGCGUCGACGGCAGCCUCGACGUGACGCGGGGUCUCGGAGACUACCGGUACAAGGUUGCCCCGGCGCAGUGGUGGUCCUCCGCCGCCCCAGCAUCAGCGGCCGCCGUGUCCGCAAGUGUGUCAUCGGCGUCGCUCGCGGCCUCUGCUGCAGCCACCAACGCCGUCACCACGACGACGCUGACAGCAAUAGGGAGGAGCAGCUCCGCGACCGCCACCGCCACAUCGUCGUCAUCGCCAGUCAAGGUAGUCGCAGGGUCGGUGCCGCCCGCCAGUACGCCGCGGCACAGCGAUGCCUCCGAAGGUGGCUCCGCGGUGCGGGGACUGCGCUGGCAGUCGUGCUCGAGUACACCACCUCGGAGUCCGAUGAGUGACAACAUGAAUAGUGGCGGGGCUUCAACGGCCAGUUUUCCGCGUGCUAGCAAUGCACGGUGCACUGAUGACGGGGCGAAACCGGUGCCUGGAUCCCCAUCACAAGAGCUGCUUCCACUCAGCGCUGCCGAAAGUGGGGCCUAUGCACAUGCGGCACAGGAACGGCGCCCGCAGCAGGUGCCGUCCCCAAGCCCUUCGUCGUCCAUCUCGCCGUCAUCACCCUUCUCCUCGUGGUCUCCGCUGGCGUCGACAUCGGCUGUCAAGCUGACACACAACGCCGUGAGCAACAUCGCCGACGUGUACGAGUGGGAGGUGCGCCGUGGCGAGGUGCUGAUCAUGGCCUCCGACGGCGUCUGGGACCGCAUGACGCCCGAGGACGUGCUCGCCUUUGUGCGCCACGAGCUGACAGCAGCACAGCAGGAGUCCAAAGGGGGUGCGACGAGGAUGAUGCGCGGCGACGGCGCUGCAGCGGGGGCGUCCAAUGGCGCGGGGAUGGAGAUGAGAGAGUCGCCAUUGGUUAGUGGGGCGGAUGCAGAAGCAUCCAACACAACCGAGGUACCACUACUGUGCCUCGGCGAGGCGCUCGAGCGCACUCCGCUGCGGCAACCGUCAUCGUGCAACGAGCGAGAGUGUGCGAGUGCUCGCUUCUCCCCCGCUGCCCCGCUCUGCACGCCAGGCGGCAACGGAGCUGCCGUGUGUGACCAGCACGACGACGAGGCGGCGGAUUCGUUGUCAAGCACGACCCGCAGCGCGCCAUGCUUCUUUGCUGUGCAGGCGGCAGCGCGGCGGUUGACGGAGCACGUCGUGAACAACCUCUCUGGCAGCGACAACACCUCCGUCGUGGUGGUAACAUUUGACUGA